CAUAAUUUAUCAUAACAAUGUACCAAGUUGGCCUCAAUAUUUGGGGCUAAAUCGAACACAUGAAAAUCUUUAGGGAUCUCAAAAUACAAUUAACGUACACAAGAAAAAAAAUGAUUGGUCCAAGCGAGCGCGAGCGUUAGAAAAGGGGGCCGCGGAAAGCUGACGAAGAAGCGAAGCGAAGCCGUCUGGAUCCGGCCAUUCUCUCUUUCUUCCGGCGGUGGCGGCGGCAGACUCUCCGACUAGAGACGACCUGAAGGAAGAAAGGGAGUUGAAACCAAGGCGCAGAGAGAUAGAUAUAGAGAGGAUGCUGGAAAACCCUACGCCUGCAGCAACUCCCGCCGAUUCCUCCGCCACCAUCGUCAAGAAAUAUGCUCCUCCCAAUCAAAGGAACCGGCCUCUCAAUAGACGCAAAUCAGGAGAUCGAAUCGACCGCUUUAGCAGUCUUUAUGGAAAUGAUGGAGACAAGAUUCAAACAAUUCCGCCUUCAAGAAAUAUCCUGGGCGUAGAUCAAGGGGAUGCUGGAAUUCACACUCUUCAGAAGGGACACUCACGGCGUACUUUAGUAGCUUUAGAAGGGUGCUGUCACAGUGAUGCUUCUCAGCUCUUAAAUGAUCGUUGGGCAACAGUGAUGCAUAUCUACAAUGAUCCUACUAUAGAUUUAUCUGAAAGACCAGUUCUCUACUCAGGCGGUGUAUCAGCAUGGGGCCAGUUUAAACUUCCACAUCAGAUGAUGCCUGCAGCAAAUAGUGCAGGAUCUUCUGGUUCCCAGAUGGACUUCUUAAGUGAACUUCGCCGAGCAAUGCACAAUGCUAAUACUGGUUCUAACAACUAAGAUUGUCUCUCCUGACUGAGUGAAUCCCUUGUAACCCAACUUUGUACCUGUCUUAUGUACUUUGUAGAAUCCCUUGUGGGUAAACUUAUAUAGAAAAGAUAGUGAUGGAUGGAUGCUUCAGAACUAUGGUUGGUUUGGUGUAGACAUGUUACCUGCAGAACCAUGUUAAAGCCUCAUGUUCUGUUAUUUAUAUGAACAGAAAGAGUUCCAUCUGUAUUUGUUUGUGCCCUAGCACUUUGUUUGUAGCUGGUAUGGUUGGUUGCCCUAAUACAGCUGGUGGAACUAUUAAUUUACCUUAGAACAGAAGGGUAGUGGGUAAAGAUCCUUUCCUUCAUUGUCAGGCUUGCAUCUAUAAUACAUGAUUCUGAUGGAGGAAUGGAACUAGACAGUCAUUUACAUCUGUUAUUUCCAGACUGGAAUGAUUCCUUGAGCUGCCAAACGCUUUUCCACCCAAAACACGACAUGUCUGGGUGUGAUUUUCUUCUCAUCAAUCAGAAAUGGCUCAACAGUGCUGGCUCCUUGGCCAUAAGAGGAUAUGGAAAACCCCCUUGCACCUGCAACAAGUAGGAAUGAGCAUCAAGUUGGACUUUUGUGUUGUUCAAAGGAAAGUGGAGGAAUUUGUUCAAAUACAACUUGAAUAGGAGGAGAAAAGGGUACCUGUGAGGACUCCAUCAGGGAAAAAGGCCCAGAAAGAAUAUGGAAUGCUCUGUUUCACAAAUGAACCUUCCAAUGUGUUGUCUUGGAAGGAUAGUUGAAGUUCAGAGAUGUCAUC